CCCACAUGCAGUCAUCACACAUCAAAAGCUUUUCAUGUACAAAAAGACAACAUACCGCAGAACACACUCUCUCUCUAGCAAGAAAACCGAGCAGCCAUCGGAAUGUCGCCGGCAGCCGAAGCCCACGUGCCGCUGCUGCAGGACAGAAAGCCGGUGAGGCGGGGGUCUGUUUCAGGGGCGGUGUUCAACGUGUCCACGAGCAUAAUUGGCGCCGGAAUCAUGUCCAUACCGGCCACUCUCAAGGUGCUUGGUGUGAUACCGGCUUUUGUGCUUAUUGUGAUCAUUGCUUUGCUGGCUGACGUCUCGGUGGAGUUCCUGAUGAGGUUCACGCAUUCCGGCGAGUCCACGACGUAUUCCGGCGUCAUGAGGGAGUCCUUUGGGCAGGCGGGAUCGGUUGCCACACAGAUAUGUGUCAUGAUUACUAAUCUUGGGUGCUUAAUUAUGUACCAGAUUAUAAUUGGGGAUGUUCUAUCUGGAAAUGGGGCUGCCGGAGUAGGGCAUUCCGGUGUUCUGCAAGAGUGGUUUGGAGUCCAUUGGUGGAACUCACGUGAAAUUGCCCUCCUAUUCACGCUUAUUUUCAUCUUCCUGCCACUGGUUUUGUUAAGGCGAGUAGAGUCUCUGAGGUUCAGUUCAGCCAUAUCAAUUCUUCUUGCUGUGGUUUUUGUUGGCAUAAGUUCUGCCAUGGCGAUCUAUGCAAUCUUUGAAGGGAAAGUCAACACCCCAAGAUUGUUACCAAGCUUGGGCAAACAAACCUCCUUCUUUGACCUUUUCACUGCUGUUCCAGUCAUUGUUACAGCCUUCACUUUUCACUUCAACGUUCACCCAAUUGGCUUCGAGCUUGGUAAGCCGUCUGAUAUGAUAUCAGCGGUCAGGAUUUCACUGGUGCUCUGUGCAGCCAUCUACUUCUCCAUUGGACUGUUUGGGUACCUUUUGUUUGGGGAUGCAAUCGUGGCUGACAUACUUGUGAAUUUUGACAGAAGCUCAGAUUCAGCAAUGGGGGCAGUGCUGAAUGAUGCGGUUAGAUUAAGCUAUGCCCUCCAUCUGAUGUUGGUUUUUCCUCUCUUGAACUUUUCUCUGAGGGUAAAUUUGGAUGAACUGCUUUUCCCUCAAAAGCCGCUUUUGGCCGCAGAUAGUAGGAGAUUUGUGCUCCUCACUCUUGGCCUGCUGGUUUUCUCUUACCUGGCUGCGAUUGCCUUCCCAAACAUUUGGUACAUUUUUCAGUUUUUGGGAUCAACUUCUGCUGUCUGCCUUGCCUUCAUUUUCCCUGGUGCGAUUGUUCUACGGGAUGUACAUGGCAUAUCUACAGGAAAGGACAGGAUCAUGGCAACUGUGAUGGUAGUCCUGGCAGUUGUAACAAGUGCAGUUGCCAUUUCCACCAAUGUAUAUAACUUUUUUGGGAACAAGUCCUAGUUGAUUUUCCUUUUUCCUAUUUUCCCCAUUGUUGUUAUACUUGGAAUUAACGAAAGACUUGCCACAAAACCAAACGCAGUGGCGUUAUAAAAUUCAUACAGCCUACCCACUUAGUGGGAUAAGGCUUUGUUGUUGCAGCGAUGUAGUUGAGCUGGCUUGUAUUUUUGUGUAUUAUUCGUAGUGUUGCUUCUAUAGAGUUCAAAGACAUUCUCUAUGUUUGUACCAAAAAUGGAUACAAUUAUUCUGGUAAAAUUAUUUACCAACUUUUGAA